AUGGAGAUACUCAAGCAGCUUCAUAUCAACAUACCUUUGAUAGAAGCAAUUGAACAAAUGCCAGAUUACUCCAAGUUCAUGAAGGACAUGAUUACCAAAAGGAAUAGAGUAGGAGAGUUUGCCACUAUUGCACUUACUCAAGAAUGUAGCCAAUUUGUGCAAGGCAAGCUCCCUCCUAAACUGAAAGAUCUUGGAAGUUUCACUAUCCCUUGCAAUAUUGGUGACUCAUUAUGUGGAAAAUCACUAUGCGAUUCGGGGGCAAGCAUUAAUCUUAUUCCUUUUUCUGUAUUCAAGAAGCUGGGGAUAGGCGCAGCCAGGCCUACAACCAUCACUCUGCAACUGGCAGAUAGAAGUAUUUGUUAUCCUCAAGGGAAGAUUGAAAACAUUUUGUUCAGAGUUAAAAAAUUUGUAUUCCCAGUUGACUUUAUCAUAAUGGACUUUGAUGUGAUGAAAACAUCCCCAUUCUGCUGGGAAGACCUUUCCUUGCUAUGGGAGUGA